AUGGUGCUGCAGCUACUUAAAGAGCAAAAAGCGAGAAAGAGACUCACACUAAGAAAACACAAUGAGUUCACUUGUUCUUCCUUCUAUCUCACCUUUACUCCCUUGUUCAUUAACCUAGAUCUGACCAGAAUCAAGAGGCAACCUUAUGCUGCUCAGAGUCCAACAACACCGAAGUCCAAACUGGAGGCCCUGCAGUGCCACUUCACCUGGGAUCUGGACCGCAGCAGGUCCAAACCUUUCUGUCUCAGGGACAGUAUAGAGGACAUUGGUACCGAGGAGGGAAACAGCUGGCUGGGUCACAUUUACAACCUGCAGGGGUUCAUUCAAUACAAGUUAGGGUUCACUGAAGACGCCCAGAGUUUGUUCAACAAGGCUGCAGAGGCCUUCAGCCAGACAAGAGGGGCAGCUGAGGGUCCCUGGUUAGUGGUGAACUACGGGAACCUGGCCUGGCUGCACCACCACCUGGGAGACCAAGCAGAGAGUCAGGCUUACCUGUCAAAGGUCGACGCCCUGAUGGAAAAAUAUCCAUCUCCAUCCCAGGACGAGCUGCACCCGGAGAUCUACGCUGAAAAAGCCUGGACCCUGAUGAAGUUCAGCACAGACAAAAGGCUGCUGGCUGCAGAUUACUUCCAGAGAGCCAUCAGGAUGCAGCCGGACAUGGUGGAGUGGAACACCAGCCAGAUUUUAGCGCUGGUGACUGCUGCUAACCACAACAAAGAAGAAGAGCUGGGGGCUGACGUCUUUGAGAAAAUGAGAAUCGCCAAAAAACAGGAUCCAGAGAACUUGUACCUCGCUGCUCUUUAUCUUGAGCAACGUGCUAAGAGAGGAGAAAGAGUCGAAGAUGAAGCACGUGAGUUAUCCAGAAAGGUUUUAAGAAAUCCUGUCAGCAGCUACAGUGGGUUGACACCGUUACUACGACUGUACAGAGUUCACAUAUCCAUGACUGAGGCUGUUAAAUUGGUGGAGGAGGCUCUGAAAGAACAUCCAGGUGCACGUUAUCUGAAGUGGUGCGCUGCAAACUGCUACAAAUGGAAGGUUCAAGACAGUGCUGACUCCAUCGAGGUAGAAAGGGCCAUCAGUCUCUGCAAGGAAGUGAUCGAGCUUUACCCAGAUUCAUCAUUCAAAAUAAAAAUAGGUCUUGCAGGAAUAUAUGGAAAGUGGAAUCGCCAGAAAGAAGCUCAUGAGACAUAUGAAGAACUGCUACAAAGGAAAGAUCUGGAUGCCGCAGAGACUGAGCAGCUUUCCCGUAAGUCCAGAAGAUUUUUCAAGAACUUGGAACAAGAUCAUCACAGGCCGAUACAACACCAGACAGAGGUGAAGGCAGAGACACCACAACAAUCCGUGAAUCAACCCAUUGGUUCAUUCGUGGGAGGAGCAUCAGAGUCCUGGAAAAGGUUAAUUUCAGAGAAGUAGCAACCGAAUGUGAAGAGAAAUAUCAUUUACAAUGAAAAACUCAACAGUCGUAGAUGAAUGAAUCAAUGAAAUAACAUCCACUGUGGACAAUCUGAAUCUUAUUAAAAUAAUGUUAUGGUUAAUGUAAUCAUAGUGUUUACUGUAUUCCUGUUGUGUUGAUUUAUUUAUAUAAAGUUUAAGACCUCGUGGACCUCGGCUCGCCUCACUACACAUUUGGGUUUUCUAAGUCUGUCCGACAUCACCUGACCCAACUGAUCACCUGACCCAACUGAUCACCUGACCCAACUGAUCACCUGACCCAAGGAGAGUCCAGCUCCUCUCCCGGAUACUUUAUACCAGAUGAAAUGUGCUUUGCUGUAAAAUCAAACUCUGAUGAUGUAACCGUGUUUUUAAUAUAAUUCAGUUCAUUAGAUGAUUCAUUAAAACAUAUUUUUAAUCACAGGUUCUUCUUCUUAACUCCCAUGUACCCGUAGUGUUUCCUACGUUCCUGUUGUGUUGAUCACUUUUUGCUUUAGCUCUGUAUUUUCAGUUCAUGUAAGAACAGGAUACUUUAUACCAGAUGAAAUGUGCUUUGCUGUAAAAUCAAACUCGUUAAUUUGAUUUAGAAUCUGAACAUUAUCACCAGAUUCAAACAAAGUAUGUCAUGCUGUCUCAGCUGUACACAAUACUAACACUAUGAAAUAAACAUGAUGUGCACUAAGAAAA